AUGACCCGGGGAUCCACAGGGCGCAUCGGUCCAAACCACAUCGUCUCAGUCUUGAACUCGCCCUCUGUCUCCUCCUCUUCUUCACCUGAACCUCAACAACUUGCUUCCAAAUCCAACAUGGCGGGCCGGAAGAACAGCAUGCGUACAACCUCUCCGGCAGAUGCUACUGUGCCCGUGACCUAUACACCAACCACCCAUCGCAUUAGCAAGGCCAAGAAGGGAAAGCGCGUACAUGCCUGCCAAUACCCAGCAUGUGGAAAGGUCUUCACCAGAGCCGAGCACCGAAGACGCCAUGAGUUGAACCACAACCCCGAGGCAUCGUACCGCUGCGCAACACAGGGGUGCAAGAAAGCAUUCCACCGUGCUGAUCUACUUGCGCGCCACAUGGAGAGACACGAACUCGAAUCACAAUCAGAGCAGUCCUCGUGGACAUCCAACAACCCACAGCCCAUCGCAACCGAGUCCGCUGUCCCGCGCUGUAUGUCAAUGGACCAUGGAAUGCCAUUGACCGCACCCUCCCAUUCACACUCCAUGUCUAUCGGCUCACUCGUGGCUCCGGGGAUUCACCCGGAUCUGGCAAACAACGACUGCUCAUUAAUGUGGAGCGGCGUCGACUUGCCCCUACAGCCCCGCCCGGCUUUCCAUAGCCAGCUCCCAGAGUCUGUUGACGACAGCCCAUUCUACUCUUCCCCCGCAGAGACCUGCCCCUCGCCUCUGUCGGAUGCGACUUUCUCUCUCCCUCCCCACUCUAGCUCCUCCAUCUCUUCCGCAUCUGUGUCGGUCAUCGACCAGUACCCCAAAAAUAUCCUCAAGGGCGAUGUCACCUCAUCCCCGCUUCAGAUGCACACUCCCCUCCGCUGGGAUACUGAUGCCGGCAUGCCUCCAUCGCAUCUAGUUCCCAUGUCCAUGGGGGAGAAUAUGAUCCAGCCACCCGUUCAGUGCCACUACCCUUCUCCUCCGUGGUCCAGCGCAGAGUGUCUUCCCUAUGAGGACCAGGUCCACUCCAUGCAGCAGUUCCCUGUGACCUGGAGCAUGUGA